AUGACUCACGAGUCCGUUUGGUACAGCCGGCCCCGCAAGUUCGGCAAGGGUUCCCGUUCUUGCCGUGUCUGCUCCCACCGCGCCGGUCUGAUCCGCAAGUACGGGAUGAACAUCUGCCGUCAGUGCUUCCGUGAGAAGUCCUCUGACAUCGGUUUCCACAAGGUUGGUUUCACCAUCACCCACAUGCAUAUUCCAGCACCAGUACCACAAUCACAUUACAUCCGAAAUGGCAUUGGCAUGGCGAGGAGGAUACCGAAAGAGAAAGAGAUGGGAUUCGCGACAACGAAAAAGAAUGAGUACCAGAGACGGAAUGAAAUGGAAUGA